UGCUCCUCUGCUCCGGGUUGCAGCGCCUGGAGAGGAUCUUCCUCCAAGGAAGGUGUGAAGCACCUGGGAGGUGGGAGCUGUGUGUAAGCAGGGGCUGCUCAGGGAUCAGCAUGUCUUUCAUCCAGGUAGACAAGGACUCAGAUUUUCCUCUCCAAAACCUCCCCUAUGGGGUUUUCUCCACGAAGGAGGAGCCUCGGCACAGGAUUGGGGUAGCUAUUGGGGACCAGAUUUUGGAUCUCAGCAUCAUCAAACACCUUUUCAAUGGACCAGCUCUUGCCAAACACCAGCAUGUCUUUGAGCAGCCCACCCUGAAUGCCUUCAUGGGGCUGGGCCGGCCGGCGUGGAGCGAGGCCAGGGCGCUGCUGCAGAAGCUGCUGUCAGCUGCAGAGCCCACCCUGAGGGACAACACGGAACUGAGGAGGAGGGCAUUUGUGCCUCAAGCUGCUGCGACGAUGCACCUGCCUGCGCACAUUGGAGAUUACACUGACUUCUAUUCCUCACGGCAGCAUGCCACAAACGUUGGGAUCAUGUUCAGGGGGAAGGAGAACGCUCUGAUGCCGAACUGGCUGCAUUUACCUGUGGGUUACCACGGCCGGGCAUCGUCUGUUGUGGUGUCUGGGACACCCAUCAGGAGACCUGUGGGACAAACAAAACCUGACAAUGAUAAACCUCCAGUGUUUGGUGCUUGUAAACGUCUGGAUAUCGAGUUAGAAAUGGCGUUCUUUGUAGGUCCUGGAAACAAGUUUGGGGAGCCCAUUCCCAUCAGCAGGGCCCAGGAGCACAUCUUUGGGAUGGUGCUGAUGAACGACUGGAGCGCCCGUGACAUCCAGAAGUGGGAAUAUGUUCCUCUGGGUCCCUUCCUGAGCAAAAGCCUUGGCACAACCAUCUCUCCCUGGGUUGUCACCAUGGAAGCUCUCAUGCCAUUUGUGCUGCCAAACCCCGUGCAGGAUCCCAAGCCGCUGCCCUACCUUCAGGAUAAAGAGCCCUACACUUUUGACAUCAAGCUCUUUGUUGCCAUUAAAGGAGAAGGAAUGAGCACGCCAGCUACUAUAUGCAGAUCCAAUUUCAAGCACAUGUACUGGACCAUGAAGCAGCAGCUGGCUCAUCAUUCCAUCAAUGGCUGCAACCUCAGGCCUGGAGACCUGCUGGCCUCUGGCACCAUCAGUGGACCUGAGCCAGAGAGCUUUGGCUCCAUGCUGGAGCUGUCCUGGAAUGGCACAAAAGAAAUCCCUCUCGGCAGUGGGCAAUGUCGGAAGUUCCUGCAGGAUGGAGAUGAAGUCAUUCUGACAGGGUACUGCCAGGGCAACGGCUUCCGUGUGGGAUUUGGCCAGUGCUCAGGAAAAAUCCUUCCAGCCCUGUCCAAUCCAUGAGGCCUGGAGUGAUGUGACAGCCAAGGAGGAAUCCUCCCACCUCCACCAGUCAUCCUGCUUUAUUCAGAUUUAUUAUUUUUAUAUGAGUGAUUGUAAUCUUACUCUUUUUAAUUGUCAAUAAAUAUCUUAAAGGUGAAUGUGG